AUGGAUAUCCAGUCGUUGAUCACGGAUGCAGAUGGCGACGCCAUUUUCACGUACACGCCGAGAUCGUCCGACUUUCCGCAGCAUGACAUAGAUUUUAGGUCCGAAGAUGCCUUUAGGUCAACGACGAACGACGAAUUGACCACUCCAUUCCUCCGAAACGACCCACGCCCUCUUCUCUGUCACGAUGCCGACAUUGAAAACUUCUACUUGCUCUCUCCCGACGCCACCUCUUUGGCCGCGACCCUACCCGAACAGUCAAGUUACGCCGUUGCUUCCGUAGGCCUAGACGGCCUCCCUACAGAAAUACAUGAGGCUAUCCUCGACCACCUCUUUGGAUUCCGCAUCUCGCCGCAGUCCAAGAGCUCCGUCGACCUGGCCUGCGUGACUAAGCCAUGGGGGACUUUGCACCGGUACUCUCGGCGCAAGGAGAUCUCGCAGCUGGCUCUUGUGAGUCGGGUCUGGCGCCCAUUGAUACAAAGCCGCCUCUAUCGCCAUAUCAAGAUUCAAGGCAGCCAUGAUUCCCUUGUUCGAGCAGCCAAUUUCUUCAUGGAUCAUCCUCACCUAGCCAACUAUGUCAGACACCUAGAGGCUUGGUUUCCCGUUUUCCAGCCCCGUUACGGUCAGUCCGCCACGGAUGCGAACUCGACGCCUGUUGUAACCGCGGCACGAGAGGAAGGCCUAGCCACGGCAGCCAGUUAUCAGUUGCCGUAUAACAACGCCAGUUUGAAACAGGUAUUUGAGUUUAUCGGGCUCAUCUUACCCGGCGUCUCGGUGCUCACUCUGGAAGGAGGUGAGCGAAGGAAGGCGCCCAAGGUCAGGAACUCACCGCCGGCGAGCCUUGGCGGAUUCGUCUCCAAAUCGGUCCCUGUCCUGGCCAGUAUACGGACCUUGGUCACCAAAGGGCAGUGGAAUCUUUUGAGGGAGGAUUGCGAUUUCUCCUUCCUCAUGGCCGCUUUCCCCAACCUUUGUGAGUGGCAUGGAACGUACAGUAGGCCCAAGUCUAAGAGCUACCUGACCAUGGCGCGGUUCCUUCCUCGCCUGCCCUCCACAAUUACCCACCUGAGCCUAUUCCUCGAAGCCGACUACCGACGGGAAAUGUCUACGCCCGGAUAUGCGUACAAGGUGGCCCAGCAGGUUCACUUUUGUGCGAAGCUAGCCGAGGCAACCCCUGCGCUCGAGCACCUUUCGUAUACGGGUCGCAUCUGCCGAGCAUUUUUCGACGUGGCUGCGCUAAAGGCUAAUCCUCGCCUUACACGCCUCAAGUCUAUUGACUUGACCGUCAAGAACAUUUGCCGCUCCCCCGAGUUUCAGAGCUCAGGCACCGGCAUCUUUGACGUUUCUUUCAUACAAAACUUUGAGAAUCUCGUUCUCGGCGCAAUCCGUUCUAUGGAGGCUUUGACGGCUCUUAAUUUCUUGCGAAUCCGCUACGUUGAUCUUGGUAAGUCCACGAUGCACAACUGGGCCACGAUUGUCCAAUCGCACUUGAUGCUAACGACCGGCCUCGCAGAGUCUGCUGUGCCUCCACUGAACCCCUACUUCCUCAUGAGGGAUGGACGAUGCACCGGUGUUUGGAGCGACACAUUGCUUAGAGAGCUGGCUCGCGUCAGACCCAUGGCUCAGUACGAAGAGCUAACGGAAAACUUUGGAGAUCUUGCCUGGAAUAAGGACGGAAGACUUUACGUUAGCACACAGGGAAAUCGCCUCCGCGUUCGAUCGCUCAAGAUCUCCAGCUAUCGGAUCAUUCAAUCAAAUUCCCGCCCUUAA